GCGGAUGAAUCAUAGAUGUCGUCAGAACACAAAACAGAAGAAAAAAACACGCACAUUUCAAAGGGGGCGCUGCCGAGUGUGAAGAUGUCCAACGCCGUUGCUUCGUACGACCAGCUGGCCCACCAGGUGGAGGCGCUCCGUAAGGAGAACUCCCACCUGAGGAGGGAGCUGGAGGACAACUCCCACCACCUGUCCAAACUGGAGACCGAGACCACCGGCAUGAAGGAGGUGUUGAAGCAGCUGCAGAGCAAACUGGAGCAGGAGGCGGGAACACUGGCCUCGUCCGGGAGGAGCGACGUGCUGCACCAACUGAAAGAGCUCCACAUGGACCUCACCAACUAUUACGAACUCAAGCACGAGCCUCACAACCUGAGGCUGUUGACGGACAGCAUGGCAGGGGCGGAGCUCGACGACCGUCUGACUCUGCCUCCUUCCUCCUGCUCCUCCUCCUCGGCGGUGAGCAGAGCCAGGAGUCCUCUUCGAGGCCCGUCCCGCCUGAGCGCCGCCUCCGGGGGGGAAGCGGCCGCCAUGCUGGUGCCGCACCACUUCCUGGAUGGGGCGCCGCCCAAAACCGCUGUGAUCAGCGGGGCGGAUGGACGAAUGAGCGACCACCACCAGGAGGAGCUGUACAAGGAGAGGAACCUCCUGCUGGGGGAGAUCGACCGGGAGGAGAGGGAGCGAUGCUGGUGCUUCAGCCAGCUGGAGGAGCUUUCUCAGAGACUGGCUCAACUGCCUCGCAUCGACACGUUUUCUCUGCAGAUGGAUAUGAUCAGGCAGCAGCUGGAGUUUGAGGCCCAGCGGGUUCGUUCUGUGAUGGAGGAACGUUUCGGUACCAAUGACGAGAUGGUUCAGAGGACACAGAUGCGUGUUGCUCGUCUGGAGCAGCUGGAGAUUGAGCUGCAAGAGGCCCGAGGGAGUCAAGAGACAGAGCUACAGCUGUCUGGUGCUGAGAAGCCUCCUGCUGGAGAACCAGACAACAGCACGUCAUCAGCGGCAGCAGGAAGCGACGCUCCCACAGACGGAGGCAGCAAGGUGGAGAUGGUGUUCUGGCUGCUCUCCAUGCUCGCUAACAGAGACAAGGAGGAGAUGUCUCGGACCCUACUGGCUCUGUCCAGCUCUCAGGACAGCUGCAUCGCCAUGAGGAAGUCCGGCUGCGUCCCUCUGCUGGUCCAGAUCCUGCACGAAGCCCCAGGGGGCGGCGGAGGCGCCCCCGGGGAGACGUCCGUUGCCGCUACGGCGACAAGCUGCAGCAGAGAGGCCAAAUCCAGAGCCAGCGCCGCCCUCCACAACAUCAUCUACUCCCAGCAGGACGAGGGCCAGGCCCGCCGGGAGAUGAGGGUGCUGCACAUGCUGGAGCAGGUCCGGACCUACUGUGACAGCGGCUGGGACUGGAUCGAGAGCCACGCGGGGACGUCGUCUCCUGGGGGAACCAAAAGCGCCAACAUCCCUGAACCGGUGGAACCUCAGAUCUGCCAGGCCAUGUGCGCCAUCAUGAAGCUUUCUUUUGAAGAGGAGUACCGACGCGCCAUGAAUGAAUUAGGCGGUCUGCAGGUCGUGGCCGAUCUCAUCCACCUGGACCAGGACAUGUAUGGUAUGCAGAACGACCCCAUCAACAUGGCACUGCGCCGCUACGCAGGGAUGGCCGUGACCAACCUCACCUUCGGGGACGUCGUCAACAAGGCUACUCUGUGCUCAAAGAAGAGCUGUCUGCAGGCUCUGGUAGCCCAGCUAUCCUCUGACAGUGAGGAGCUUCAUCAGGUGGUCUCCAGCAUCCUCAGGAAUCUGUCUUGGAGGGCUGAUAUCAGCAGCAAGAGAGUCCUCAGAGACAUCGGAUGUGUUUCUGCACUGAUGACCUGUGCCCUCCAGGCCACCAAGGAGUCUACCUUGAAGAGCCUCCUCAGUGCUCUAUGGAAUCUGUCGGCUCACAGCAUUGAAAACAAAGUGGCAAUCUGUUCAGUGGAUGGUGCUCUGGGCUUCCUCGUCAGCACGCUAACAUACCGCUGUCAAACCAACUCGCUGGCCAUCAUCGAGAGCGGUGGUGGAAUUCUCCGAAAUGUGUCAAGUCUGGUUGCCACACGGGAAGAUUACAGGCAAAUCCUCAGGGACCACAACUGCCUACAGACUCUGCUGCAGCACCUGCGCUCCCACAGCCUGACUAUAGUGAGCAACGCCUGUGGCACUCUCUGGAACCUUUCUGCCAGAAGUCCAAAAGACCAGGAGCUGCUGUGGGACCUUGGGGCAGUCAGCAUGCUCCGCAACCUUAUCCACUCCAAGCACAAAAUGAUAGCAAUGGGCAGUGCCGCCGCUUUAAGGAAUCUCCUCACUAAUCGACCCCUAAAAUAUAAGGAUGCUGCGGUCAUAUCCCCUGGCUCCUGUAUGCCCUCCCUCUAUAUGAGGAAACAGAAGGCUCUGGAGGCAGAGCUGGACGCCAAACACCUGGCUGAGACUUUUGAUACUCUUGAAAAACAGAGCCCAAAGCACCUGACCAACAAGCCGCUACGACACGUUGAGAGUCUGGCAAAGGAUUACGCAUCUGAUUCUGGUUGUUUUGAUGAUGACGAGGCGCCAAAUGUUUCCGGCAGCCUGGACACUGGGAACUUGUCUAUGCUGUCAAUGUUUCUCACCAACUCUAACUUCCAUCAAAACCAACCACGUAAGAGAGACACUGACCCUGAAAGAGACGUAGGCUUGCCUCAAAUGGUCGAGAAGAGACUGGCUCCCAUUGACGAUGUAUCAGCCGCUGCGGAGAAGCUAGCAAAAAAGAUCACCAACACGGUAGCUAAGAUUGACAGGUUAGUGGAAGACAUCACCAUGCACACAUCCUCUGAGGAUAGUUUUAGCCUCAGCUCUGAAGAUCACUUGGCAGACUGGCCUUGUGGACUAGAUGAACUAAAUGAAGCCCGGGCAAAAUCAUCCUCCCCCUGCCGUCUAUCUGAUACAAGCAGCUUGGCCCACAGAGAACGCCUCAGUAGAGCCCAUGCGCUCUUGCGCCUCAAAACCGCCCAUACAAGUGUAUCAACAGACAGCCUAAACAGCGGAAGCACCAGUGAUGGCUACUGCGGCAGCAAAGACCAAAUGCGACCACCCCCAAGAGCUCUUAUGAUGCAACAACGACCCAACCAGCUUGAUCUAAAGGUGGCUCAUCAAGAUUACCUCAAUGUAAGACCUGCCCUCCUGACGGAGAUGAACCAACAAGAUAUUCCAGAGAGAGAUUGUGUGGACAAUGCAGAUGUUUUAGAUCUAAAGCUCAGCAGCACAGACGCAGAAAAGAACCAGGAUCAACCUUUACAAACACCUGUCAGUGCAUCAACUAAACUCUCCUCUGAUGUCAGCAUGACUUCAAUUAAGCUGUCUCCUUCCUAUCAACAGGUCCCACUUAUUCAAAGUGUCGCCAAAUUUGGUGUAGCAAAAACAGCCAUCAAUGUCCAGGCUGCCCAAGCAAUGAGGAGACAAGCAUGGGUACCUACUGGGAUGACUGUGGGUAGUAUUACGAAAUUUUCUCCAAUGACAUCAAGAAGUCCAACUAUCGGCUCGAUGGAGACGGUGCAGAAAUACUCGGUGGAGAACACCCCUAUCUGUUUCUCCCGCUGCAGUUCACUGUCCUCUCUCUCUUCUGGCGACGGGGCACUGGACGGACAGAGUGAGAAUGAGCUAGAGAGUGACUCGUCAUUAGAAAUAAUUGAGGUGGAGGAUGGAGAAGUGGUGAGGAGAGUUGAAGAGGAUGAAACCUUGGAGGAUCUGAGUGACAGCCAGCUGCUGAUGACCGACUCAAAAACCUUCCCCAACAAAGAUACUGAUCCCAUUGAGAUUUCCUGCCCUGCAAAAAGAGAAAAGGUGUUCCUUAGAGGAGCUUCACCUGCCUUACUGGAAGACAGGUCUCCAUCCAGUUCCUCUGAGAACUACAUUCACGAGACACCUCUGGUAAUGAGUCGCUGUAGCUCAGUCAGUUCACUGGGCAGCUUUGAGGCUUCCUCAAUUGCCAGCUCAAUCCAAAGUGAUCCUUGCAGUGAGAUGAUUGAUGGUACAAUAAGCCCCAGUGAUCUUCCAGACAGCCCAGGUCAAACAAUGCCUCCCAGUCGAAGUAAAACUCCAUGUUGCAUUGAGCCAAAUGGACCAGAGACACAGGCCACUGAAAUAGCAGGCCAAUGGGAAAGUAGUCUGCGAACUUUCAUGGAAAUUGCAGACUCCAAAGAUAGGUUUAACCUUCCUCCUGACUUGGACACUAUGAUCUACUUCACUGUGGAAAAGCCCAGUGAGAACUUUUCUUGUGCAUCGAGCUUAAGUGCUCUGCCUCUUCACGAACACUACAUACAAAAAGAUGUGGAGCUGAAAUUGACCCCACUACUCCAGCAAAAUGACAAAAAUCUUCCUUUCCCUGAUGACAAUGAGCAAGGAUUUGAGCAUGGGGAGAGAUAUAGUGAGAAUUCAGAUGAUGACAUAGAAAUCUUAAAGGAAUGCAUUAACUCAGCAAUGCCCUCCAAGUUCCGAAAAGUAAGAUCUUCCCUGAUGACAACCAUCCCUCCUCAUAUUCUCAAUUCUCAGAUCCGAAAACAGGUACAUCUUCCAAUGUACAUGAUGCUUCCAAAUGGCAAAACCCAACUGUGUCCAGGGAGGAGAAUUGUCAUUCCACAAAAGGACUUUAAAUAUGAUGAUUCAUCCUUCACUGAUUCUGCAGAAGGUACACCAGUCAACUUCUCCAGUACAACAUCGCUAAGUGAUGAAACACUUCAGUAUCCAGUAAAGGAGAGGGGAGCUAAAGAUUGCACAGCUAAAGGAAUGAACAAACAGGAAUUGCUCAAUGAUGAAGCAAAGAGGAUAGAAGACUUGAGGAUAUUCUCACACUUCCAUAAACCCAACCGAAUGAACUACCCACCUGAGAUACAAAUGAACCAAACAACCAAACAUAUCGUCCCCACUCAGAGGGUGCUUAUGCAGAGCAAGGAGGUAGCCGACAGAGUAGCAAAGCAAAGAAAUCGUGAUCAGUCUCCUAACCAACAAAACAAGAGGCAAGGUCAAGGGCCAGUCAGGAAACUGGAUCUGCCCGUCAUCAAGCAAAACACAGAAAGUAAUUGUAAUGUUGGUUCACAAAAAGGUAAAACAGCCUACCGACAAACAACACGUUCUUUAGAGGACAGUAACAGCUUCUACAACGACAAGAAUGAAGCGCAGAAACGAACAAGUAGAAAACAGAUAAGGGAAGGAAAUAAAAAUACACUUUCCCGGAGCAUGACGAGUAUUGGCAAGAUUGAUAAUUCACAAGCAAUGACCAGGGGAUUUCACAGAAUAAAACAAAAUCUGAUGAAGGAUGAAUCCCUGGGCUGCUACUCACUCAGCUCCUCACUUAGUUCACUAAGUGAUGCAGAGUUUGAGGAUCAUAAAUCAAGGGCACAGCAAAUUUGGUACAAAAACAGACACAACAAAACACUGAAUAUGAUGAAACAAACAAAGUUUAUGAACAUCCACAGCCAAUAUGAAGAGCCAAGCUCGCCGAGCUCUGUCAGCAUGGAUUCAGAGGAUGACCUCCUUCAGAAAUGCAUAACCUCUGCCAUGCCAAAGCAGAGAAGGAAGCUUGCUGCAAGGAAGAAAAAAGCAGAAAAUACUCAAAAACAAAAGGCCGCUGAUGUGUGGAACGAGGAAAUGGAUAGUGAUGACACAGCUUGGGAUAAAGAUUCAGACCUUAAUAGUGUUGAAUGGAGAGCGAUACAAGAAGGUGCUAAUUGUGUUGUCAGUGAACUGCAAGCAUCAAAGUCUCAGGAGCCAUCCUCGGAAGAGACUGAAUCAGUCCUGUCCUUCAUGUCAACAUCCAGCUUCACACCUAAAGAAAGGAAGUUUGCAAAAGACAAAAAGGCAAAUAAACCUCUAGACUUUGCACAGCGCAAGCCAGUUCCAAAUUUACCAAUGGUUUUUAGAGGCAGGACAGUGAUCUAUACGCCAAAAAAAGAGACUGCUCCGUCACAAAUACCUCCUCCCAGAAAAACAGAUGCUCCAAAGAAUCCUAACCUGGCUCAGCACCGAUCAAAGAGCCUUCACCGAUUAGGACACCCGCAGGACUUUGAACUGUCCUUGCCAAAGAGGAGCUCUACUCCACCUCCAAGGAUACCAAAAAGUUCAUCCUCUGGAUCAUCGCAAAGCUCUACAAUAUCCAAGCAGUCGCAGAAGAAGAUGUUAUCCCCAACUCAGACGAAUAAAUCAAUCCAGAAAAAAAAUUCCUCCCCACCUAGUAGUCCGCCAGCUAGUGGUCCAGCGGAAAGAAAGGGGCGCUCUCCUGUUGUGAAUCAUAAUGAAAAGUCCCCACCCCCUAAAACUCAAAAGUCACCUGUCCGAAUCCCUUUUAUGCAAAAUGCAGUCAGGCCCAGGGCUCUGUCGCCUCUGGUAACUAACCAAACAACCACGAGACAAACCAAUCAGGCCAACGGGAAACGGGUCCCUACUGCCAAUCGAUUUGGACUGGUCAGGAUGACUUCUGUCCAUUCAAGUGGCAGUGAGUCUGAGCGCAAUGGAUUCUUGAGACAGUUGACUUUCAUUAAGGAAUCACAAACUGUGCUGAGAAGAGAUGGCUCUGCACGAAACAGGCCUGGAUCUCAGAAUGGAUCCCCCCACAAAGCCGUUCCUGGAGCUUCAGCUGUCUUUCUUUGCUCAUCCCGCUGUCAGGAACUUAAGGUAGCUGCGCAGACCCUGAGAAGGGUGCAAGUAAAAAGUCCAAGGCAAACACAGCAAAUCCAGAGGGCAGACCGCAGCGGACAAAAGCACACCACCACCCUCUCUCGAGCAACCUCCAGUGAAAGGGACCUAUCUACAAGGCGCUCACACAGGAGAACUAGCUCCGAAAGCCCCUGCAGGGUAGCUGAGCGUAACGUGCACACACGAGUGUCCGGACCCAGGCAGCAGCAAGACAAAGACAACUUUAAACGUCACGCCUCAUCACCAAGUAUUAACAUACUAAGCCGAGUGACCAGCCGCUCCUCCCUUCGCUCGUCUUCAUCCGAUUCAAGUGGAAGAGCAAAGAGUGAAGAUGAUACAAAGAAGAAAGGUCCCAGGUCUGCAUCACGGCUAAAUGACAGAGUUACAUGGAGGAGGAUCAGGGAUGAAGAUGUGCCUCAGAUUUUGAAAAGCACCCUUCCAGCCAACGCAUUACCUUUGGUUCCUUCUCCUGACGGUGAGCUGCCGAAGCCACCAGCUCUUUCAGGAAAACUGCCAACCAUUGUACUUGCAUCACGCAAGACAAGUGAUGCGACAGUGCAGACAGAAGAUUUUUCAAAUAACAAGACCAACUCAAGCACCUCUCCAACGGUCGAAACAACUCGGGUGAUCUCAGAGGAAGUUGCACGAUUUACGCAACGAAAAAUUGGUGCGAUUUCUGGGAGUAACCUACAAGAUGGAGAAUGCGAGGUGACACUUAAGAGUCGCAGCACCGUCUCCACUGGUACCUCAGACAGCCACGUGGGUGGAGCUGUCCAUUUCCGCCAAGGGUCUCCCAGCAAGGCUGCCCGAAUCACUCCAUUUAAUUACACCCCAAGCCCCAUUUCUUGUAGCAUGCAAGACACACAAAGCCAAGAGGCCCCAAUUAAUGAAAAGUCAGGAGCCAAAAGUGAGUCGUAGGGUGUUAGGUUAACAACACGAAUGACUUUUCUGCGUUCCUGGAUGAAACUCAGCACUGGACAUUUUAGGAGUGUGCUGAUCCCUUUACCUCGGGUAUUGACCCCUUACUUUCCCCAUUCACUGCAUUCAAGGUUUGCUUCCUGAACAAUUGACCACAGCUUCCAUCGACCAUUCAUACCGAGUUGGAUGUAUGCAUUGAGACAAGUCUGAGAUGAGCAGACCAUCAAUAACUUUUAGAGAUGCACUUCACAGAAGAAUCCCACAUGAAACCCAAGUGUAUCUUUUUGUACUUUUUUGUAUUUGUAGAAUAAUCAUUGCCUGGUAGAAAUGUAGUGAAACAUGAAGCAAAAUACAUUUAACUUGAUUUUAGCACAUUACCCACCAUUGGACAAAAUUGAUAAAAAAAAUAAAAAAAAUCAAUAUUAUGCAAACUUCUGAAGAAAUUCUCAGUUGGGCUUUUCCUUAGAAGGUAAUAACUAAAUCAGAAUGUAAAGUAUUUUUUACAUACACGUAUGUACAUCAAGUACAGCUUCGGGCCUUUAAUUCACCAUUCAACUGAAUAUGACCUACCCUGUUCCACAAAGAGCCCUGGAGGGUUGGGGCUACUUUUUUUGAUGAAACAUUUCUUCAAAUAAAUUCUGCAAUCACCUUAAUUCCAAUUAAAUUGUGCAUUAGGCGAUUGUGAUCAUAGACUGAGAUGACUGUAUUGCAGGUCAAGCCGAUGAAAAUCUUUAAAUCUUGAACUAUAUUUUAAGGGCGACUGAUGAACAACGAACAGGAGUUUGUUAAUCCGAUUUAAGAUCCGGAUCUAAUAAAUUAUUGCAUGAUUCAUUUUGAUUUUACAAAAUUAUUAUAUUUUGAAAUUGUACAUUUUCUGUGGAAUUAGCUGCUUGUAGAAAUCAUUUUCAUGACAAUAUGAAAUACUGAUAAAUUAUGUAAUCACAUAAUAAUCACAUAAUUUGGUAUUAAUGAUUUAGCAAAAUUAACAAUAUUUAUAACUUCCCACCGUGGAUAUUGUCAAAAUUCCAAGCUACACUUGGGUGGAUGAAAUAAGUAGAUUAAAGCUCAGAAAUGAUUCAUUUGAGGAUAUGAUUUGUCAAUUGUUUUCACCACAACACCUACUCGACUGAUCCAGAACACGUUAUAGCAAAUGCUGUCAUUUUCUCAACUAUCAGCUGAUUCUAGGUUACUUCAACCUGCUCUUGUACUCUGUCUUCAUCAGUAUUGUAAAUAAUAUGCAGAUAUACAACAUUUUCAAAGCUUCCUGGUGGGCAAAGGAAGCCGUUUUGAUCCCGGACAGCAUGCUAAUAUAACCACUGACUUUACACACACCUGUCAACGAUGGAAUACAAUGAUGAUGUUAUUCAGAGGUAAAACCCUUUCUAAAGCCCGACAAAGCGCAUCACUAGCCAUCUGUAUUGUGUAAGUGCCACAAAGACCUAUAAUGCUAUAAACUGUCAAUGUAAAUGAACAAACGGACUACAUACCUCUGUCCAUCUAAUGUGAUGACAUAUUUGUUUGCUACUAGAUUCAGGCACUGUUUGCUGUUGAGUAUUUCCUGUCAAAAAGCAAAAAGAUAAUCAGUGAUGGUGGGGCUUUGAGUCGAUGAACUUGUGUCCUCGCAAAAGUCUUAACGUCUUAAUAUCUGCUUUACUGUGUUGCGUAAAAGUAGUAAUAGAGAAGAAGUCAAGUAUAAAGUCGAUGAAUAUUCUCUGUAGUUAUAACAUCGCUCCCCCAUGUGCGCUGGGAGAGGGAAGACAGCAGUUUGCUGCACAGAGCAAACAUGCAUCUACAUUGGGCUCCUUAUUCAUAAACACAUGGUUUUGUUUUUAUCAUCAAAAUAUAUUUUAGUAGCAUGCUUUGAGAAUAAUUAAAGCCCAAGUAAAUUUAGAAUGCAAACCUUUCAAUUCUCACUAGCGAUUUUAAUAUGCAUCUUCUCAGUAUCGAACCCUCACCUGAUGUACAGUAAGGGGGUUGGAAUAAGGUUUUGAGGUUGGUAAACCAUGUUCAGAAAUAAUUGUUUUAGCCGCAAUUAUUUAUAUUUAUUAUUAAAAGCUUUCCAUUGCUUACCUUUUUUCUAUUUUGAAAUUCAAUUUUGACCAUCAAAUUUGCCUAAUUGAUCUGAGACAUGCUCAGCUUUAUUUAUAGCUAACAAAAAGGUUGAGAAAGAUAUUUGAAAUCAAUUCAGUUUGUUUGAAACUAAAUGUGAAAACUGUCAUCACUGCGCCUGCACAAGAGGCUUCUUUCAUUCAGAAACUAGCGUUGAUGGCAUUACAUCUUCUGCCCUGAGUUACUAUACUUUUUAUUAUAUUUAUGAAUACUUAUGUGAAGGGUAGUGAAACAAAUAAUUGUACCUGUAAGAGGAAUGGACUAAAACGCUUUUGUUCUAGAGGACAACAGAAGUAGCCAUGGGAGUCACCUCAUUUAGUGGAGGAAUUAUUCGGUUUACUACUCUAAAACCACAGCAUUUAAAAUUACUUCUGAACAUAUUUCCACAAAGUCAAACCUUUAUGCCAUUUAUUUGAGUGACCUGUGAGCUUGAAAUAGAUUUUUAAACUUUGGGUGAAUGAUAUGUAAGGCCGUUUUUGACCGGGGGUCGUAACAGGUGGAGAGUCACUUAAGCAGACCCUAAAAGGAAAUUCAGGACAAAAUGAUGUGAAAGAGACGGGGAGUUUGUCUUCAUGUUUAAAAGCCAACAGUGAGCGCUGAAGUUUGUCCGUUAUUGCUGUCUGCGGCCUUGUUCAUGUUGGACAGGAACAUUUAGUUUCCUCCCACAGUAAUGCAGACUUGGAAAUUGCGUCUUCCAAUUCAGAAACUAAAUAUUUAAAUAUUCUAGAUGGUUAGAAUUAACAAAAAUGUGACUGAAUCAAUCACCCGAGCUGAAAAUGAGGUGAAAUACCAGAGAACUCUGGAGCCUUUAGGUAAAUGGACCCAUCAUGGCGGCGAGCUCCCAGCCUGUCGCCAAUCAACAAGAUCGCAGAGGAGUUAUGGUGCCAUGUGAAAUAGGCAAAGCAACAGCAGUGUGUCAUAAAUGUUUUUAUCCAAUAAACAAAGUGAUGUGUUUCAUGAAA